CUUUCUUGUUAAUAAAACAACAGAAUCAAACCCCGACACGACAUGUUUAACAGCCGGCAAUUAUGCCAAGUCGUUAAGACAUGAACGCUCUCCUUCCUCCAAACACCAUUGACUUGAAGCUACCCAUAUGCUUCCUUAACUCCUUUCCUGGCCCCAACAAAACCAGCUUCAAGUUUCAAAUUCUAUGCCCUACCCUUUUCCUAUGAACUCUGGAUUUCAUCAUUACCGUAUUCUUUUUUAUUUUUCAGUUGAAAAUUUGUUCAUUGUUUUCUAGAUUCACCUUUCCCAUUAUUGCCUAAAAUGAGCUUCCUUUACUAUCUUGAUAACUUUUGAGUCUCCAUUUACUUCCAUUUGGGCACAAAUCUAGCCUUUUCUGUUCACUUGACUUGUCAUCAAUGUGGGAAAUGAACAUAAAGAAGAUCAAAUUUAGUAGUUUUUGGUCAUUGGUAUUAUGGGUAAUUUUUGCUCUUGGUUUGUUACAUUUCGUCCAUUGUCAGGAUGUGGGUGACUAUAAUGAAAUCGACAAUCCUGCUAUUCGUCCUCUCAUCACCCAGCUUGUCUAUAGCCGGCUAUCAAAUUUGACAGCUGUUCUUAGUCGAGAGAUCAGUAAGCGGUCCGAUUUCUGCGUGAAGGAUCCGGAAGCUGACUGGAAUCAAGCAUUCAAUUACUCUUCCAAUUUGGAUUUCCUGUCUGCUUGCAUUCAAAAAUCUAAAGGAGAUAUCACACGAAGGAUAUGUACAGCAGCAGAAAUGAGAUUUUACUUCAACAGUUUCUUUGAGCCAUCAACACAGGACAAUUAUUUGAAACCUAACAAGAACUGUAAUUUAACUUCAUGGUUUUCUGGUUGUGAGCCGGGAUGGGCAUGCAGCAUUGGUCAGGAUCAGCCAGUUGACCUUGAAAAUUCACGUAACAUUCCUGCAAGAACUCACAACUGUCACGCUUGUUGUGAGGGUUUCUUCUGUCCUCAUGGUAUCACGUGCAUGAUACCAUGCCCACUAGGUUCCUAUUGCCCACUUGCAAAACUCAAUAAGACAACUGGUGUUUGUGAACCAUAUCAUUAUCAACUACCUCCAAGACAACCAAACCUUACUUGUGGGGGAGCUAACAUAUGGGCCGAUGUUGGCAGUAGUAGUGAGAUAUUCUGUUCUGCAGGAUCAUACUGUCCGACAACAGUCCAGAAAAAUUCUUGCAGCAGUGGAAAUUAUUGCAGGAUGGGCUCCACAUCUGAGAAACGUUGUUUCAAAUUGACUUCAUGCAAAGCAAACUCUACAAGUCAAAAUAUUCAUGCAUAUGGAAUUAUGCUCAUAGCUGCUUUGACUACUGUGUUACUCAUUAUUUACAACUGCUCUGACCAAGUUAUCACCACUCGAGAGAGGAGACUGGCCAAAUCAAGAGAAACAGCAGCAAGAAGUGCAAGGGAAACAGCAAGAGCACAUCAAAGGUGGAAAGCUGCAAAAGAUGCUGCUAAGAAACAUGCAAGUGGAUUGCAAGCUCAUCUCUCACGAACAUUUUCUCGUAAAAAAUAUGGAAAACAUCCUGAACAACUUAAGAUUUUGAAUCAAGAUAAAUCUGAUAUGGAAGAUGAUUUAUAUCCACCUUCACACUCGAGUACAUUUUCUGUUUCUACAUCUCUGCCAUCAUCUGCACCAUCAAAAGGAAAGAAAAAGGAACCUGGUGACCUCAUGCAAGUGAUGCAUGAAAUUGAGUAUGACCCUGAUGGUUAUGAGGGUAUCAAUCUUGAAAUUGCAGAUCCAAAUGCUACAGGACAUAUGCCCAAGGGAGAACAAAUGACCACUAAUACCCAGAUUUUCAAAUAUGCUUAUGCUCAAAUUGAGAAAGAGAAAGCUAUGGAGCUAGCGAACAAGAACCUUACCUUCUCAGGAGUAGUUAAGAUGGCUACUAACUCUGAAAUCAAGAGAAGGCCUUUAAUUGAGAUUUCAUUCAAAGACCUAACACUUACUUUGAAAGCCAAAAACAAGCAUCUGUUAAGGGGUGUAACAGGAAUAAUAAAGCCUGGCCGUAUUACAGCUGUCAUGGGUCCAUCAGGAGCUGGAAAGACAACCUUUCUUUCUGCUCUUGCAGGAAAACCAACUGGAUGCAGGAUGACUGGUUUGAUUCUCAUAAAUGGGAAAAAUCAAUCCAUCCACUCAUAUAAGAAAAUCAUUGGUUUUGUUCCACAAGAUGAUAUUGUACAUGGAAACUUAACUGUGGAAGAAAAUCUCUGGUUCAGCGCUCAUUGCAGACUAUCUGCUGACUUGCCAAAACCGGAUAAGGUUCUGAUUGUUGAAAGAGUUAUCGAGUCUUUAGGGCUACGGACAGUGCGGGAUUGCUUGGUUGGGACGGUAGAGAAGCGAGGAAUUUCGGGAGGCCAGAGGAAGCGAGUAAAUGUUGGACUGGAAAUGGUAAUGGAACCUUCACUGUUGAUCUUAGAUGAACCCACAUCUGGUUUAGACAGUGCUUCAUCUCAGCUUCUUCUCAAAGCACUUCGCCGUGAAGCUCUUGAAGGGGUCAACAUCUGCAUGGUUGUUCACCAGCCUAGCUAUACCUUGUUCAAAAUGUUUGAUGACUUAGUAUUGCUGGCAAAAGGCGGCCUUAUUGUCUAUCAUGGUCCAGCAAGGAAAGUUGAAGAAUACUUUGCAGGCCUCGGGAUUAAUGUGCCAGAGCGUGUUAAUCCCCCUGACCACUAUAUUGACAUUUUGGAGGGUAUAGUGGUGCCAAGUGCAAGCUCAGGUGUGAACUAUAAAGAGCUUCCUGUCAGAUGGAUGCUUCACAAUGGGUAUCCCAUACCCCCAGAUAUGCUGCAGUUUGCUGCUGGGCUUGAAUCCCCAGUAAAUCCAGCACAUGAGUCCAACCUCGGUGAUGCUGGAAUGGAGGAACAAUCUUUUGCAGGGGAAUUGUGGCAAGACAUGAAGAGUCAUGUGGAGUUGCACAAGGAUAAGAUACGACAUAAUUUUUUGAAGUCCAGGGACUUGUCAAAUCGAAGAACUCCAGGUGUGUUCCGGCAAUACAAAUACUUCCUUGGCAGAGUAGGUAAACAACGACUAAGGGAAGCAAAAAUACAGGCAACGGAUUAUUUGAUCUUAUUGCUAGCUGGAGCCUGCUUGGGAUCUUUGGCAAAAGUGAACGAUCAAAAUUUUGGGGCUGCUGGUUACACAUAUACCAUUAUUGCAGUUUCGCUCCUUUGCAAAAUAGCGGCUCUGAGAUCAUUUUCUCUUGACAAGUUACAGUACUGGAGGGAGAGUGCAUCUGGCAUCAGCAGCUUGGCUUACUUUCUUGCCAAGGAUACAAUUGACCAUUUUAAUACGCUGAUUAAGCCUGUCCUGUAUCUCUCUAUGUUCUAUUCUUUCACAAACCCAAGAUCUUCCUUCACAGAUAAUUAUAUUGUCCUGCUGUGCCUUAUUUACUGUGUAACUGGUAUAGCCUACGCAAUGGCCAUCUUUUUUGAACCUGGUCCAGCCCAACUGUGGUCAGUUCUUCUUCCAGUUGUUUUGACUCUCAUUGCGACGCAAGCAAACCAGAGUAAUACACUGAAGAACAUAGCUAAUUUAUGCUACCCAAAGUGGGCUUUGGAAGCAUUUGUGAUUGCAAAUGCUGAGAGGUAUUAUGGGGUGUGGUUAAUUACUCGCUGUGGUAUGCUUCUAAAAAGUGGGUACAAUCUCCAUCACUGGGGUCUUUGUAUAUCCAUUCUCAUCCUCAUCGGCAUGGUUACUCGUUUCUUAGCGUUUUUUGGUAUGAUAACAUUAAAAAAGAAGUAGACUUUCACACUUGAACUCCAUUCUCUUGGCAUUGUAGACUUCUGGUAUCUGCAUACAAAUGUGGAAUUCCGCAGCAUCAGGAGGAAAUGCCACCUUAAAAAAUUCAAUUCAUGAUUAUAAAUGAGAUUUUUUACUAAGUUUUGCAGCAUAAUCUAGGACAUACCUAGUGCAAAAUUCUUGCAACAGUUUGUUUUUUCUUAGGUUUUUGUCAUAUAUGGGAUUGUAGGUCAUCCAUUCUUGUAAAAUAUUUGAUAUGAUGGUUCUGCUUAUCUUUUCUUAUUUAUGGCAUUGUGGGUUUGUCCA